GGCGCCUAACAACAGCGAAAAGAUACCCCAGCCUGUACCAUGCAGCCCGGAGACGAGGACUCCAUUGGAGUAUCGAUUUUUCAGCCUUUUCAUCUGUAAAAGGGGUUCUGUUGACCCCGUCCUCUCUUUCCACGGCAUUCGAACUACCGCAUUGGCAUUAAUUUGACAUACCUACACACGCACCCACUCACCCACCCACUCUCGAACAGCAAAACGGUUACAGAAACAGGUUUACCGUAGCCCACUCCGGUGGCACAGACGGAAAAGGAGUUUACUGAGGUUCUUUGGGUCAGAAGAUUUGGAAUCAUGGAUUUAUUUCCAUUUUCAGCCCGAAUUUAUUGGUGGAGGGUGUUGUUUCUCCUGAGCGUAUUCCAGGACUAUUUGAGUACUCUUCUGGACUGCCCGCCGUCAUGCACUUGCUUCAACACGCAGAUCAAUUGCAAUAAGUCGGACGAAGCGAAAUUCUUUCCCCUUCUUGCUCAAGACACCAACGAAGGGAACAACACAAACAUCACCUCCAUCAUCACCACCAUAAACAUUGAUGGCUGGUCUGGGCUGCAGGAACUCAGAGAGGUGGACCUGGAUCUCUACACUGGACUGCAGAGCCUAUCUAUCACCAACAGCAACCUGCGUUCCAUCUCGCCCAAGGCCUUUCAACUGAACCCCAACCUACGGUACAUAAACCUGUCCAGGAACCCGAUAAAAAGAUUGCGCUGGUCCAUGUUCAAGAACCUGCAACUCACUGAACUGAGGCUUGAUGGCAUGCUGUUUGACUGUGGGUGUAGCAUACGCUGGCUGCAGCUAUGGCAACAGAGAGGAGAGGCGGGGCUUCAAAGCCAGCAGCUCUAUUGUAAUUUGAACACCACCACCAUCCCCUUGCAGGCCAUGAACAUCUCACACUGUGACUUGCCAGAGGUGAGCAUGACCCACACUAGCAUCACGGUAACUGAAGGAGACAAUGUGACCACGUUCUGUAAUGGAACAGCCACUCCAAUACCAGAGGUGGACUGGAACAUUAACGGCCUGACCUCAACUCAGAUACAUCAGGCACAUCUUGACAAUGUCACGAACAUUCAUGCAAUCACCCUGACUCUGGUCAAUAUCAGCAGAGAGGACAACAACUUCAUGCUGACCUGCGUUGCCGAGAACGACGUGGGGAUGACCAACGCCUCUGUCCAGCUCACUGUGCAAUUCCCUCCCACCAUCGUGAAGCUGGAUGAGCCCGAGCGCCGGCACCACACCUGCAUCGAGUUCACGGUGCGUGGCUGGCCGCAGCCGACGCUACGCUGGUACCUGGAUGACCAGGAGCUGGUCGAGACGGAAUACGUGCGGACGGAGAUGGACAACUACAAGGACUACCUGGAGGGCUGCCUCACCUUCCAAAACCCCACGCACCACAACAACGGCAACUACACUCUGGAGGCCAGGAACUUCCUGGGUGUGGCCAACAAGACUAUACGAGGGCACUUCCUGGACUUGCCGUUUCCAGAAUAUGAGGAUUAUGGCACUCCUACACCGACCAUCACUGUAACACACCGGCCAGAUGAGGACACCUUCGGGGUGUCCAUCGCCGUGGGCCUUGCCGGCUUUGCCUGCCUUCUUCUCGUCAUUAUGUUCGUCCUCAUCAACAAAUAUGGCCGACGCUCCAAGUUCGGGAUGAAAGGUCCAGUGGCAGUGAUCAGUGGAGAGGAAGACUCUGCGAGUCCUCUUCAUCAUGUAAACCAUGGCAUCAUCACUCCAUGCACGCUAGAUGCAGGGCCUGACGCGGUGGUGAUUGGAAUGACCCGCAUCCCUGUCAUUGAGAACCCGCAGUACUUCAGACAUGGACACAACUGCAACAAACCCGCCACCUACGUCCAGCACAUUAAGCGAAGAGACAUCGUGCUGAAGAGGGAGCUGGGAGAGGGGGCCUUUGGGAAGGUCUUCCUGGCAGAGUGCUACAACCUCAGCCCCACCAAGGACAAGAUGCUGGUGGCUGUCAAGACUCUAAAGGACCCAACGUUGGCAGCAAGGAAGGAUUUCCAGCGAGAGGCUGAGUUAUUGACCAACCUGCAACACGAGCACAUCGUCAAGUUCUACGGCGUGUGUGUGGACGGAGAUCCUCUCAUCAUGGUGUUUGAGUACAUGAAGCACGGAGACCUCAACAAGUUCCUCAGAGCCCAUGGGCCAGACGCUAUGAUCCUGGUUGACGGUCAGCCACUGCAGACCAGCGGCGAGCUGGGUCUGUCUCAGAUGCUACACAUCGCUUCCCAGAUCGCCGCGGGGAUGGUCUACCUGGCCUCCCAGCACUUCGUCCACCGCGACCUGGCCACGCGCAACUGCCUGGUGGGAAACGGCCUGCUGGUCAAGAUCGGAGACUUCGGCAUGUCCAGAGACAUCUACAGCACCGACUACUACAGGGUAAGGGUCGGAGGUCAUACCAUGCUGCCCAUUCGCUGGAUGCCCCCUGAGAGCAUCAUGUACAGGAAGUUCUCGACGGAGAGCGACGUGUGGAGCUUCGGCGUCAUCCUGUGGGAGAUUUUCACCUACGGAAAACAGCCCUGGUUCCAGCUGGCCAAUAACGAGGUGAUUGAGUGUAUUACUCAGGGCAGGGUGCUGGAGCGGCCGCGGGUGUGUCCAAAGGAGGUGUAUGACAUGAUGUUGGGCUGUUGGCAGAGGGAGCCCCAGCAGAGGCUCAACAUCAAAGACAUCCAGAAGAUCCUCUACGCCUUGGGCAAGGCCACGCCUGUUUACCUGGACAUCUUGGGCUAGCGCUGCCACCGCCUGUCGGGGGCUUUUGUCCGUCUUUUCCGUCUGUUCCGUGUCUAUGAUGGCGGCUGACUCCUGAACAGCUUCUGCCUGGAUGCUGGUUACGUUCCCCCUACAGAUGAACGACAUCCCAGGAAUAUCCCAAAACAACACAAACCUUAACACUCCGCUGUCACACACGCCCUCCACACGGGGAGAGACUCAAGUGCCUGCUAAAACCUUUGGAUACACUGGAUAAAGUCUUUAAACAAAAGCACUUUUACAUUUUGUUUACCUGCAUUUAAAAAUGUACAGUUACACUGUAUGAAGAGGAACAGUCUGUCUUUUUUCGUAAAAACAACACUGUUCAAAGACAAAAAAAUACAAAAAAUACAACAAAUAAUAAGAAAAAUGCUUAAGAUCAAAGAAAAAGAAGACAACACAGGAUUAAAUGUUGGCUUUUUCGUAUUCUGAAACGAUGACAUGACGAUUUAGCUCUCCUGUCCAAUCUUCUGUUUUCAUUUUAUAAGUAUAUAUAUAUUAUAUAUAUUUUUAUUUCCUUUUUUUGUCAAAACGUUUGGACGUCUGCCAUCCCUCUAGUGAAGGGCACACCCCCUUUUGAAGGAGACAGCUUGUUGUUGUCCAGUCAGACCAUUAGCAGUGACUUGGAGAAGCCUUACUGCAAUCUGAUUGACUGGGCCUUCUCUUUGACAAAGGAGGAAGCAUCAAACAGGGCUCUUGAUUCCUCUAGCAGAGAAAGCUUUCUAAAGGGAAGAACUCCAUGUUGAAAAGGAGCCCCCAGUCAAACCAACACAUUUAUUUAAAAUAGAAUGUAUAUAAUGUAAAUCUGUGUGUCACAAAGCUACAGUAUGAUAACUUAUUUCCUAUUUAGAAUAUUUUAGUUCCUUGGUGUGCAGUACCGGUGAGUGAAUUCUAUAAAUAUUUUGAUAAUAUUGUUUUCUUUUGUUCUUUUGCUUUGUUCUUGUUGUUCAUGUUUUGAAAAUAUCCACCCAAUCAUAGAAUGUAUGUUUUAAUUAAGUUAAUCCCUGAGAGUUUUCUAGUUUGUUGAUUCCAUUGGGUGCGCGACUAAAGCUGAGCUAAGCUGCAAGGAUACUCAUGACCAGAAACUCACCAAACAUCCACCACAUUUACCAAACAUUCACCAGAAGCUCACCAAACAUCCACCAAAUUUGCCAAACAUUCACCAGAAGCUCAACCACCAGACAUCCACCAAAUUUAUCAAACAAUCUCCAGACACUCACUGAACAUCCACCACAUUUAUCAAACAUUCACCACAUUUACUGUACCAAACACUCACCAAACUUUCACCAAACAAUUGAACAAACAUUCACUAGA